AUGUUCCAGGUACCGGGGCCUAUAAAGACUCUUUUCGAUACAUUUCCACUAAAAUCGUACCCUCCUAUAUUCAGUGAACAAAGUGAUGAAGGUUUUGUUUACUUUGGCCUAAAAGAACCUUCCAAAUCGGAUUCUUCAAAGUUCACUUUAGGCGUUCAUGGAUUGGCCCAGAUAGAAGGCAAAACGCUCCCGACAGAUCCCUUUUCAUUGGCUGACUGUCUUAUUCUUUGUCAUCGCCAUGGUCUUUUUAUUCCCAAAGACGAGAAGAAGUCUCCUUACGGCAUGGUAACGUUAUCAUACGAAGCAUCACCAACCAACGAAUUGCCCAUUUUGGUUGAACAAACGAAAGAUACUGCCAAUGUGGUGAAAUCACAUGAGAUUCAGGAUUCUAUUACGAAGAAAAACUUCAGUGGCAGUGUCAUUGAGCUUCUUAUCAAUCUGUUUCUAGAUGAUCUCAAUGACUUGUGGAUACUUAUACUUCUUUCGGAUGUUGCCAAUUCUAAUAGAACAAGGUUAACUAAGAUUUUUGGCUUUUUAAAGGAAGCAGAUGGCAAUGAGUACCUUGAAAGUCUUCUUAUAAGUCGUCUUCUAAACGAUAUUCCAGGGUGGAAUUCCUUUAAGGCCAAGUACCCACUGCUUUUCCACAGAAAUAGAUUCCAUGCUGCAGCCAGAAGCAAAGAUAUCAAGGACGCUUACUACAAGUCCAGUUCUGAUGCUUUGCAGAAACUUCUUUUCGAGAAAAUGUGCCAGUUUGAAAGAAACUUGCCUUUAAUUUGGAACUACGUUAAGGAAAGCGAAAAGAGUGAGUCAGUGACCAUUCUUGAGCUUAAAACCGCUGCAUUUGUGUUCAUCAUUGACCAAUUCGUUAGCGAAGGGACUCAUAUUGGAAGAAUGAUUGCAAAGGAUGCCUAUGUGGACAUAGUUAAGGAGAGUCGAAGCGUGGUCCUCGAACGUUUCUCGUAA